CCAUAGGGAGCUCCACACAUGGUCUGGCCUGGUGAACUGGGCCCCCAGAGCCAGGCCUGCAGCCUCACAAUGUGGUCAGACAGCAACGAGUCCAAGGAUAGGGAAAGCUCAGUGUCAUCCGGCCACCUCUCUGGCUCCUCCGGGGGCCACAAGUCUUCAGAGCUGCCCCUUGGGUCCUGGACAGAGAGACCCCCACAGGUUCUGGGGCCCCCAAGGCAGCCCAGAAUGAGCAACCCUCGUCUGGAGCAGCUGCGGGACAAGAUCCGGGUCCAGGCACAGAGGCAGGCCAGCUGUGCCUCCCUGGCCACCUCUACCCCCUCCAGCUCCUUCACCCAUUACAAAGACCCUGUGCUGAUGCCCCAGAGGAAGACCCGGAAACCAUGCAGUGCCACCCCUCUGACCCUGGUGGACACAGACUUCAGUGAACCGAGUGUGGCUGAGCUUAAGGCAGUAGGUCAGGUUGGCCAGGAGCCUGCCAAAGUAGACCGGUGCCAGGCUUCAGCUCCCAGGGGAAAAGCCAGAAGGAUGAAAAGUUGUUCUUGCAAAAGAGAGAAGGCCUCCAAGCCCGUGGCCCCAAGAGGAACCUCCAAGGACAACGGGUUUGGGGAAAACACCAAGAUCCCUUCCCCAUGUGGGAGAAUCCUGCCCACUAAGGACCUAGAGGGCUCUACUAGCCCAGGGCAUCCUGUGCGAGCAUGGAGCAAAGUGACCUCGGGCAUGGUGCUAGGGGACCAGGAGACCCCAAGCAGCUUCUGCCUGUGCUUGAACAGAGCCUUAAACCAAGCUGAGACAGGAGACUCUCUGAAUGACUGGGAUGGUGUCCCCUCGAUGGCUGCUGCUGGCUCCUCCCAGGGCCCCCUCAGGGUCCAGGGCCUGACCACCUGCAGCCCAUGCCCCAGCCUGUGUAUCUACCUGGACCCCAAGGAAGCUGAGCGCCUGGGAAUUUCGGACCCCCUGCACCUCCGCCACAAGCAGGCCCGGGUGCAGGCCCUGGAGACCAUGGCCAACAUCCUCCAGCAGCGCAUCGAUAUGCUGACUACCAAGCUCCUGCAGCCUGAUAUGGCAGCUGCCCCAGGGGACCUGGGCAGGGACCACCCCCCUUCCAGCCCGAGCACUAAGUCUACUCUCCUCAUGUCUAAAGCUCCAGGCUGCACCAGGACCGUGGUGCCCAGCAGAGGCAGACGGGCACUCCAGGACUGGGCAGACAAGCAAAGCAAGCUGCUUUUCACUCCCACCUGCCUCCUGGAUAGUGAGACGGUGCCGUGGAGGAGUGACGCCAUCAGCAAACCCCAAGAGUUUGAGGAGAACCUGGAGAGUGCAGACUUGGAGAAGAGGCUAGCAAGACACACGACUUCCCUCGGGGAUCUCAGCACCUUUGCAAGGAGCUCACACAGGGUCACGCCAGACCCCUCCUGUGGCUCCCUGAAACUAGAGGACAUGCUGGUGCCCCCCAGGGUGAGCCCAGUUGAGCCGUGGACAGUCCGGAGCUUCGGUCAGCAUAACCCCGACCAGCCGCCCCCAGGGCAUCUUGCCUUCAUGCAGCAGAAAUCCCUGAGUUUCCUGGAGUCACUCAAGCUGGGCCAGCAGAAGCGGGAGCAGGUGCUGGCUCUCCUUCAGCUGCGGGUGGAGCUGGAGGUCUGGGAGACACAGAAGGCCCUGGACCAGCUGCUCUUCAAACGCCGGCUGGAGCGCCUGAUGGGGGGGUACUCCACCCAUGCCAGGCCAGAAUCAGCGCCUGGGCUGGAGCAGCUGAAAGUGUAUGGGGACCCAGAGCUAGCAGCUUCACUGAGACCUUCAGCAGUCACACCCAGAUCACAAGCACUGCUGGAUGGGGAUCCUAAUGGGACUACAACAUCCCAAGCUCCCAAGGACAUGCAGGAGAGUCAGACAGAGCCCCUGCAGAAAGGAAGACUAGACCAUGCACCUUCCCAGGCCAGACUCUACCUUCAGGACAACCCCACCUUCCAGAUGCUGGAGCAGAGCCUGCGGGAGGAGGAACUGCAUGCUCAGCACCAGGCCGCGCUGCUGCGCCUGAGAGAGAAGGCACUGGAAGAGAAGACUCGCACAGAGCUGGCUUUCCUGGAGCAUCAGCGAGGGUUUCUGAGCAGCAUGGGGAACUCUGCUGUGCUGGCGACCUUGGCGGAGAGGCGACAGCAAGCGCUCAGUAAACAGGAACAGGAGCAGAGGGAGAUCCAUUACCUGCAGAGCAUCUCGCAGUUGGAGCACCGUGAGAGGAUGCUGCUUCUGCAGCACCAGCAGGACAUGGCCUUGGUGCAGAGAGCUGUGACCCAGCUGCGGUGGGAGCUCCAGGCCCGGCCCAGGCUGCUGCAGAAUUCCAACCCGGAAGACAAGGCUGCCUCAAAGGGAGCCUCCUCAGCAAGUCAGCAACUAGGGGGUCACACACAGGACUCCUCAUGCCGCCCCACUCAGCUCCAGCCUGGCAGCCACUCUCCCUGGAGGAGCCCCAAGAGCCCCCAAAUCUCACACCUUCCCACUGAGCAGCAGGACAAGACGGCCCCCAGGGCAGCCGCACUUGUGGAUUGCCACCUGCAGUCUCCUCCAAAGUUGAGGCCAUCAUGGGAAGAGGUGACACCUGCAGAUGUUGGAAGACUUACCCUGGUGGCCCCCAGCAAGCUGGUGGAGAAUGCUGAUCGCUGUGUGGGUCAAGAACCUGAGGCUAGGCCUCAUGUCCCCCUGCUGGGCCUUCAAGAUAUGACUGCCCUGGACACUGGUCGAGCACCAAGCCCGACCUUUUUGGUAGAUAAGGAGGAAGGUGGCCUUUCUGCUGCUGGGCUCAGACUACUGGAAGGAGACCCCCAUACUGACCCCAGUCCCUCGUUGGCAGAGAAGACCCAGGCGUUUCUGGAAAGCCAGGCAGGAAGUGUCCAGACCCUGAGGCUGCCCUCCUUCUCCUUGGACAGUGAGGGUCCUCACAGCCCCCCAGAAGCCAGUCAGGAAGCUGAAGGCAGCGCAUGUGGAAAGGGUGUGGAUUCGGGGCUGGAAUGUGCCAAUGGCUUUAUGAGGGAGCCCUACAAGACAGAAAGCAGAAGGACAGGGGACCAGAGGACAGAAAGCUGUUGGCAGAAGCUGAGCAACACCACCCAUCAGGAAGCUGCCUCCACAGCUUCAAGGGAGGCAGUCCAGCCUGCAGGAAGCCCUUGGCACUCAUUCGUGGCCGAGGACCUGAGCUCUGAGUCUGCCUCACCUCCCAGGACCUGCUCCAUGUCUUCAGCAAGGUCGUCAGCCAGCUCUGUGAGUGACCUGUCCUGGCCUUCUCUCCAGGAGUUCCAGAAAGCAUCAGCCAUCCUGGUGCAGCUUUCUCAGAGCUCCCUGUCAGACUGGGAGGCUGAGGGUGUUGCAGCCACCAACCCUGACCGGCCCAAGGACUCUGUGGGACCCCACCAGGAUGUGGGGCAGGGAACCUGGGAGAAGGUGGAGGGCACUGAGGCCAGUCCUCUUCAAGGCCAGUCCCCUGUAGCAGGGGACCCAGAGCCAGCUGGAGGCCACCUAUAUACUGGCUGGCCAGAACCACUCCCAGUGAACCCCUCUCCAAGGUCAGGGUCAGAGCUGCCUGCAGCAUCCAAUGAGGUCUGGGAUGAGGAGAAGCAGCCUAAGCUGGGAACCUCUGGGCAUUUCUCACCUGCUGGUGACUCAACAGACCUAGAGAGCUGUGGAGUGCCUUCUUCUUUGGAUUCUGGGGAGGGAAAGGAAACUUCUGGAACCAAUGGGAGCCUGAGCAGUGGAUCAAUUACAGGAAAGUCCAAGCAGACAUGCCCUGUGGCUGCCUCCACAGCAUUCCUGUGUUCAGCCUCUUCUUCCUCCAGUGACUUAGUUCUGUCCCCAUCCUUCCCUUCAGGGACCCCAGCAUCCAAAAGACCUGAUUUUGACAAAGAAGAGACCAGGUCUCUACAGGCCUUGGUUGACUGCCUAGGGGGGCACAAAGAUGCUGCUCCAAGCCCAUCUACUGACAGGAAACCCAUAUCUGAACCUGAGGUCCCUGUCAGCCUUCAGGCUUCUCCUGGGGAUCCCAGUGGGUUGCCAAACUCAGCAGGCAUGAACCUGGCACCCAGGCAUGGGAAGAACAGAGCUCUGCCUGUCCUCAGGGAAGUGCCUCCUGCCAGGGCUGGCAUUGCCUUGCCUGAGAUCCUGUCCCCUGUGGAUGAGGUGCUGUCCUACAGUAGUGCUGACUUUCCAUCCUCCACCUGCAGGGACUCCCAUCUGCCACCUCCUCCCUCCCUGCCCACUGAGAAUGAGGCUGAUGCUAGCCCCUACUCCUAUGACUUCCCAUCCCCCCCUACAGACAGUGCUCUGUUUCCUGGGGGUUCACUGGGCCCCCAAGGUGAGGAUACCUCCAUGGAGGCAGAGUUUCCCUCCUUGUCUGAGGAGGACUUGCCAAAGGCACUGUCCCUGGGGGCCCAGGGCUUGGGGCUCUGCCUGGAAGGCCUUGAGGGGAAAUUUGAUGGAUUGAGUUCUGGGGCAGAGGUUGAGGCUGUGGGUGGUUUGUGGUCUGAACCUGUCCAAUGGCCAGGGUCCUCUUUGAGUGAGCAAGCAGGCAGUGCCUUUGGGAGCACCCCAGGGCUGUUGGUGCAGUCCCUGAACCCAACCAGAGAGACCCACAAGGCUGGAGAUAGUGUGCCAAAGCUGUUGGUGACUGAGGAAGCAGGGCCACCUGGCCCUGUGCAGGAGGACUCUGGCCUGGGCACAGGACCCCACACUGACCCCCACGGUAUGGAGACAACCGAGGCAGUGGAUCUGGUCUCCACCCAGCUCAGCAGGAGGAUACUGUGUGACACAAUGACUGUGCUCUCGAGGCUGGCCCAGUCUGGCAGUGCCCUUGGCCAGGAGCCAGCAAGUGCCAAGCAGGUCCCUGACACUCAAAUGGAGGCAGACCAGAGGGGCCCUGAAACACACAGAUGCCUGUGAGAUCAUCAUUCAUGCUGGCACACACAUAAGUGGGGUGGGGGGGGAUUUGGGAUUCUGGAACUUUACCAGCAGUGGUGUCACGGAAAAUAGGCACUUGCAGCUGACCAUAUGGAUUGUUAUUUGGUAACUCCUGCGUGUUCCCUGUGAGUGACUGUAUUCUUCUGUGUCUGGUUUACUCUGGCUGCCAGGCUCCAGAAAAAUCCCUGAGCUGAAGAAAUGAAGAGGCAGGACUGGAAAUCUGUGGAGGGUGGGGACCCAAGGUGCAGGGCUAUCGUGAGGGUGUUUCUUCCUGGGCUCAUGCUCUCUGGGUUGGAGAGAACUCGACCAGAGCCAAUCUGGGCUGCUGCUUACUCAGCGAUAGGGGAGAGAAACCAGGAACUCGUGGUGGAGCGGGAACGCAAUGCUUCUUUAUUGAUCAGAGACAACGCCUUUAUAUAUAUCUUUAACCGGAAGUGGCAAGUCAGAAAAGGAAAUGGCUAGGAAAGGGGGUGGAGAACAGGAAAGAGCAUGAAGGUAGAAAGCUUCCAUAGCAACUGUUGAGAAGGUUUUAACUGAUGGGAUUAAUUAGUACCCUGCAGGCAGGGCGGGUCUCAGGCAAAACAAUAAUUAUGUAAAUAGACCAUAGUAUCAGCAAUGGAGCAGAGCAGGGGGGCUGUCCGACACCAAGGCCUGGCCAGUCAUCUAGUGCAUAGUCGGUGGUGUGUAUGUGUGUGUGUUUGUACAGAGCUGGGACAAGGAGUGGCUCUUUCAGUUGAGCUAGAGAGAGACAGAAGACAGUAGCCCUGAGAUGGAUGCAAGGUGCUGAGGUAGGAAAUGUGCUUUUGUUUCCAAAGACUGGGAGCUUUGAGGCCUUCCCUGUGGUACUCAGCCAGUCUUGGGGUGUUUUGGGGUGACGGUAUGUUUUCUGCAGCCCCAGUUAUCAUAGACUGAGAAAAUGGCAAUAGAUUGGUUGGAAGUCACAUCACCCUCAGUCAGCAAACUUCCAGGCUGUCCUGAGGGAAGGGGGUGGGGAGGACAGAGUUGGCCUGAAUGGUUUCAGGAUCCCAUCUAGAAGAAUGAUCUCCCAUUUCCUAGAAGGCCAUCCAUUAUCCACAACACUUCGGACCUGGAAGGUGCAGGUGCAGGUGGUGGGCAUGUGUGGAAUGUCCUGCUCCAGCCCACCCACCUUCCAGAUCUCUCUGCAGUUCUACCCACUUCCCUGGGAGCCCAUGUCAAGCAGGAAUCCAGGAAAUUGGUGUACAGAGGAUUUCCGGGGGUG